GGUAGACCAGGUUGACUACAAACUCAUAAAGAUCCACCUGUCUCUGCCUCCUAAGUGCUGGGAUUAAAGGCAUUCACCACCACCUGGCUUGUAUUUUUUUUAAGACUUAUUUUUAUUUUUAGUUGUGUGUGUGUGUGUACUGUAGUGCAGAUGCCCUCUGAGGCCAAGUGAUGGAUCAAAAUGUGCUCUUUACUCCUGAGCCAACUUUCCAAUUUACAUUAAUGUCAGUUCAAUACUAGGCAUUGUCCUGAACUAUUGGAAACACGGCAGUGAACAAAAAUCCAUCGCUACUUCCAUGGAAAUUACUCUUUUUUUUCAAUACUUAAUUUAUUAUGUAUACAGUGUUCUACCUGUAUGCAGGCCAGAAGAGGGCACCAGAUCUCAUUACAGAUGGUUGUGAGCCACCAUGUGGUUGCUGGGAAUUGAACUCUGGACCCUCUGGACGGGCAAAGCAGUCAGUGCUCUUAACUGCUGAGCCAUCUCUCCAGCCCCAGAAAUUACUUUUUAGGGCUUAAGUGGAAAAUUGAGAGAGAAUCAGACAAGAUAAAGUCCAUGUCCUUUUUUGGUGGAGGCACACACUAAGAAAAACACCAAGAAGGGUAAGAGGACUGCGGGGCUAUUUUACAUAGAAUAAACAAGGAGUGGGAGACAUGGCCCGGUGGUUGCAAGUGACUUCCGUUCUUGAAGAGACUCUGGACCCACGUUAGGCAGCAUUCAAUCUGUAAUCCAGUUCCCCAUGCCCUUUUCUAGCCAACUUGGGUAUUUGCAUGCCCGUGUGGGCCUAAAUUGACACAGACACGUGCACAUAAAUCUUUUAAAAUACAUGCAUGUAUGUACGGGGAUCUGUUACCCGUGCAGUGAAAUGCAUGAGGAGCCAUGUCAUCCAAGUCCAUAAUAGUCAUGCAGGAUUUGUUAUGAGCGAUGUAGGAAACUGCCAGUGGGUCUGAUCAUAGUCCAGUUCAAAAUUCAGAGAGGUAAGUCGGUUUUGAAACCAUACCUCUAGCCGGACGGUGGUGGCACACACCUUUAAUCUCAGCACUUGGACGGCAGAGGCAGGCGGAUCUCCGAGUUCCAGGGCAGCCUGGUCUAUAAGAGCUAGUUCCAGGCCUGGAUCCAAAGCUACAAAGAAACUCUGUCUUGAGAAACCAAAACAACAAAAAGCACAGGCAAGGGCUUGACUAUAGGACUGAGCCUUCUUGGCUCCUUUCCCACUCAAGGACUACAAAGACCAUCAUGCUUCGCGAGCGGAGUUUGAGCGAAGCCUCCUUUAACACGUCCUUCCGGUGCGCAACCAGGUUCUGCGGCGGUAAACCGGUUCGUGUGGAGGGCGUGAAGUGUGGAUAACAGUGUCUUAGGUUCUCAGAUUGGCGUCCAGUUCUCCGGGCCAGAUCUACACAAGCCGGCUUUGUGUGGGAGAACACGUGUCCUCUGCUCCCACGGAGUGGUCUCACGGUCCAGCUAGGCGCUCCCACCCCGGGAUGCUCUGCGGUGUCUAGCCAUCGUAUGAGCUCAUCUGAGAAGCUUUUCAUAUGAUCAGAUGAAGUCAAGAUAUGACCAUCUGGGCUUCUAUCAGGGCCUCAGCUCCAGCUAUGUGGACAGCGGAUGAGAUUGCUCAGCUGUGCUACGCACACUAUAAUGUCAGACUGCCCAAGCAGGGGAAACCCGAGCCAAACCGUGAAUGGACUUUGUUGGCAGCGGUCGUGAAGAUACAGUCUCCAGCUGGCCAGACUUGUGACACCACUGAUAAGGAGGCGCAAGUGACAAAGGAAGUUGUCUCAAUGGGAACAGGGACGAAAUGUAUAGGCCAGACCAAGAUGAGGAAGAGCGGAGACAUCCUCAAUGACAGCCAUGCUGAGAUCAUAGCCAGAAGGAGUUUCCAGAGAUACCUUCUCCAUCAGCUCCAUUUGGCAGCCGUCCUGAAAGAGGACAGUAUCUUUGUGCCAGGAACUCAAAGAGGACUGUGGAAGCUCAGACCUGACCUGUCUUUUGUGUUUUUCUCUAGCCACACGCCCUGUGGGGACGCCUCCAUCAUCCCAAUGCUUGAGUCUGAAGAACAACCUUGCUGUCCUGUCGUCAGAAAUUGGGCCAACAACUCAUCUGUAGAAAGGAGUGAGAAUCUAGAGGAUUCCAAAAAUAAAAGGAAUUGUGAGGACCCUGACAGUCCUGUAGCCAAGAAGGUGAAGCUUGGAACUCCUGCCAGGGCGCUCUCCGGCUGCGUGGCUCACCAUGGGAUGCUGGGAAGUGGCAAAAUCAAACCAGAUAUCAGCAGCUCUAAUCUCACCAAGGAGGAACUCGCCGCUGCCGAGGGAAUAGCUCCAGGUAGUUUCAGAGUGGUGGAUGUGUAUAGAACAGGAGCCAAGUGUGUUCCUGGAGAGACUGGAGAUUUGAGAGAGCCAGGCGCUGCCUACCACCAGGUGGGGCUGCUUCGAGUGAAGCCAGGCAGGGGCGACAGGACGUGCUCCAUGUCCUGCAGUGACAAGAUGGCAAGGUGGAGCGUCCUCGGAUGCCAAGGCGCACUGCUGAUGCACUUCCUGGAAAAGCCCAUCUACCUGUCCGCCGUGGUCAUUGGGAAGUGCCCGUACAGCCAGGAGGCCAUGAGGAGAGCCUUGACUGGCAGGUGUCAGGACAUCAUGGCUUUACCCAGAGGCUUUGGAGUUCCUGAACUGAGAAUAGAGCAGUCAAGUUUACUGUUUGAACAGAGCCGCUGUGCAGUGCAAGCGCAGAGAGCCGACGGACCAGGCCGGCUCGUUCCUUGUGGGGCAGCUAUCAGCUGGAGUGCUGUUCCCGAGCAUCCUUUAGAUGUGACUGCCAACGGUUUUCCACAGGGAACAACCAAGAAAGAAAUUGGAAGCCCUCGGGCCAGAUCCAGAAUCAGCAAGGUGGAACUCUUUAGAUCAUUCCAGAAGCUGCUGGGUAGCAUUGCUGAAGACGAGCGGCCAGACUCUGUCAGGGUGCAGAAGCUGGACAGCUAUCAGGAGUACAAGGAGGCUGCAGCUGCCUACCAGGAAGCCUGGAGUGCGCUCCGGAGGAAACAGCCCUUUGCAUCCUGGAUCAGAAACCCACCUGAAUACCACCAAUUUAAAUGAGCUCCUGCUGCCAUCAGGACCCUCCCUAUUGACCUGCCCCUCUUCGUGCCGUGCAAACCUCUGCUUUUCUGGUGCUUAAGUCAGAGAAGAAAGAAACGCCUUCUCCCAGAGUGCUGCACCUCAUGUCAGUAAAGAUGGAACCUAUACCUCAUCAAUCUGUACUUGCUUGGAGUAGCUCCUUGCUAAAAUGGCCUCUCGCCAGGUGGUGAUGGUUCAACCUUUAAUCCCAGCACAUGGGAGGCAGAGGCAGGCGGAGUGGAUCCCAGUGAGUUUGAGCCCAUUCUGGUCUACAGAGCAAGUUCCAGGACUGGCUCCAAAACUACAGAAAAACCCUGUCUCAAAAAAAAAAAAUAAAAAAACAAUCAAGCAAUAAAUAAAUAGAUAAGCAAAACUCUCAGUAACGACCUUGAUUGCUUUUAACUGGUUCUCUAAAACACAACGUCAGUUUGGGAUGUGAUGCUUUCUUCGGUAACCUGCAGCAGCUGUGGUUUACGCCAUCUUACACUGACUCAGCAACUAUACACUAGGCUGAAACUAUUAAUAUGUCCAGGAACUUUGCAGCUUCUCCUGGAGUAGGGACCUUGUAGUUCAUUCCAGCUUCCUCAGCGAUCAGGCGUGGCUGAAGUUAAUCCUUCUAUCAGGCUUAACACAGGACUAGCCUUGGAAAGGUCUGUUUUUUGUUUGUUUAGGUGUUUGUUGCUUUUGAGAGAGUCUCACUCUGUAGCCUACACCAUCCUUGACUUUCAGUCCUGCACACCAGCCUUCCAAGUGCCAGAAUGAUAGGCAGAAGCCACUAUCGUAAGUAGCCCAAAAUAGUCUCAUUCUCUCCUUCCCUUCCUCUCUCCCCCUCCUUCCUGCCUUCUCUUCUUGGGACCGGACUCCCUCCAUAGCCCAGGCUGACCUUAAACUCACCAGGCAGCCAAGGAUGACCUUGAACUCUGAUCUUCCUGCCUCUGCCUCCAACUGUACACCAACUUUGCUUCCAGGGUUCUCCUCUGAUCCGUGUUGUGUUGUGAGGGUCCCUAGAAUCUCAUAACUGAGUAGUCGCCGUCAUUUCCUGCCGCAAAGAGACAGCCAGCCCGGAGUGAAGGCAGCUGGCUGGGACUGCAUGGUGACCAUUGCUGCUUGGCCAAGUCCCAGCUUUUUACUUUCAUUUUCAGUGAGUCUCACUCUUAAUGCCUUUCCCUUUGGGGAAAUUUGCGCAGGCUUUGGUAAAGGAUAAAAUGAAUACAAUGGUGACCUCUCUAAACAAAAUAAAUAAUUCUUUGGAAAAAAUCCCCACCACAGUGGAACCAGGAAUUCCUUUGUGCUCUCCUGAUUACAUCAAAUACAACAAAGUUAGACAGUUUAGAGCCUGAGGUCAUUAAUGACAAUAAAUAAAUACAGAGAAAUCAGAAUGGGACAGAGUAAGACUUCAGAACCUUCCCUUUUGGGUGCCUUCUGAGGGAAACUGGCCCGCGUGGUAAGAUUAAGAAACUGUAACGUGGUGUGUGCUCGUAGAGGUCUUUUUCCCAAGGUCAGGCAUUUGGAUAAGGGUCCCCAUUCCCUGGGGGCUGGUGGAAAGUUCCUGCUUGAUAAAGCAUUCUUAUCUCUAACAAGGCGGAGGGCAGGGCUUGGUGGGCCUAUUGUCGAAGUCAAUGCUAGAUUCCUCAAGCCACAACCCUUCUCUCAGGCCCCUCACCUCCCUUCAGUCCACUGUGUUAGGUAUAAAAGGUGUUUCUUUUUUUCAAUUGGAUUCGCCUCAGACCUUAAUCAGGUCUCACACCAUCAUGUCCCUUCCCCCUCCAUGCCCCUUUCUCUCCCCCCGACCCCCAACACAUCCAAAUUAGGCUCUGGAGGAAAGAUUUCACUCUCACUGUUGAUGCUUUUUCUCCAGCCUUCCUAAGUUACCUAAUGUUAUAAAUGUGUGUGUGUAAGUGUUCCUUUCUUCAGAACUGUUAGAACGUAUUAUGAUAUUCAGACACACAGUGUACAAGUUCACAUAGUUUGUAAUGAUCUGUUCUGGCCACGCCCACUCCCUCCCCUGUCCUCUGAGGCAGGCUGAUCUUCAGCUCCCAGCCUGAGUCCCUUUUCUGCCUCUCCCCACUCCUCCCCUUCUGUCUCUCCCUCCUUCCCUCCCUCCCUCCCUCUCUCUGCUCUUCUCCCCUUCUCCCUUCCCUUCCAAAAACCUACU